CCGAUGCUCGCUUCCUAGGAAAAGGACGGAAUACAAGAUCUUACGACCACCAUGCUAUAAAGACCCUAUUGAUCAUUUGAGCUGCAUAUGAUUAAGGCUGUUGCGAGAUACGGGAAUUAUUCGCAUCAUCACCGGUAACUUCACGGCUGAGUGGGGCGUCGAUGGUGGCGGUGGGAGGCCGGUGGGAGAAGGCCACCCAUUCGAACACCCGCGCAAACCGAAGCAAGACCCACUCCUCUCCUUUGCCAGGUCAUUUCUGAAGGAGCGCUGGUUGCUAGAGCCGCCUUACUGAUGGAAGAGUCCGGCAGCGAAAUCGAGUUCUUUCAGAGACUCUCGGAUCCUUUCGUGUACGACACGUUCUGGUGUCAAUUUCCUGGCUGCAAUGCGAGGUACCGGCGCAAGGAGCAUUUAAAACGCCAUGAAGCAUCAAACCACGCCCAGUUGCAGGCCUUUGUCUGUUCCAUCUGCGGUUCCCAAUAUAGACGAAGUGAUACACUUCGACGCCAUGUUCAAAGGCAGCACAAAACAACCGAGCCACUAGGCCGCGCGCGCCGAGCUUGCGCGGGUUGUCAUACCGGCAAAAGUCGGUGCGAAGGGGGCGUGCCAUGUGAAGAGUGUGUCCGUCGCAACAUUCCAUGUUCUUUUCAAGAUAAGGGUGGUAUAGCAGAACAGCAACAUUCCAGAAACCGGACUCCACUUCCAUCAUCUCCGAGCCACGAACGGUCUCCAGAAUUUUAUUGGGGGAAGAGGAAGCAGUACGUUGACCAUUACUUUGAGGUAUUCCACCCCCGUUGGCCUUUCAUCCAUAAAGGGACAUUCAAUCUACACCAAGAAACCCCGCUACUUCUACAAUCAAUGGUGGCUAUAGGUAUGUGGACAUCGAAGGAAUCGUCUGCACAGUCUGCAGCAGUGGAGCUUCAUGAGAAACUCGAUAGUGCUAUCCGAGGUCAACGGGAAAAAUGGGACGCCUCAGAAGUAGAGGGGGCCUGCAGCAACUGCUUCUGGCCAAUAGCGACAUAUCAGGCUAUCCUACUACAUAUUAUUUUCUCUGUUCUCACGAGAAGCGGAGGUGUUGUCAACCUCGACCUGAAAGCAUCUAUUUCGGCUGAGGAUUUAACAUUACUCAAAUCACUUGUUGAGAGCUGUCGAAGACUCGGCAUGUUCUCCUAUCCGAAUAUGCUCGCCAGGUAUAAGGAAGCUGACCUGCCCUCUUUUGUCUGGCUGGGCGUUGAAGAGUUCAAGCGAUACAGUAUAUCACUGUAUAAGCUUUGUGGGAAAUUGAGCAGCACAGGACCAGGAGACAAGCCUUUACUACCUGCCAGCGAACUUCAGUUCCCUCUGCCAAGCAAUGAUCCGUUGUGGAAUUCCAUUGAAAGAGAUGAGUGGGAAGCUAAUGCGAAAGAGCAGAAUGCGGUUUCCUUGAACAACGAGCUUCGGGAGAAGUGGAUUUCGAAGUUCGCAAACAUGUUAGAGUUCCUUGCCUUAUAGUUUCUUUAUGGAUUGUGGUGAUCAUCGUUGAACCGAUGAACCGGCCGCUGGUUGCAUACUAGUGGGAGGCCAGGUGGGAGGCCGGCAAGGAUACAAUGAUGUACCAUCGAGGUAGUAAUUUUAGAUUCUUGAAUCCGUAAAUUCAGCCAUACGAUGAAGUAUUUUGGAAAUGGGUGUUCUGGUCGCUGGGCCCAGGGUACAUUAAAUUGAGC